AUGACACGCACAAAUCGAGAAAUGGUCCAAAUUUUUUUGUACUUCUUGCCGGGCGCCGCCGGACAGAAGUCUGUCUCCCUGUCUGGAAUAUCUUGCAGGCAUUAUCGAACCUGGUUGUCGCCGUUGGCGUCGCAACACGUGCAGAAGAGGACGUGA